AUGGCUUUUCGAGGGAGUUUGGAUAAACUGUUUACGCCUCAAAACGGCAAAUUCUUAGGACUAAUACAGAUGCUUGCAAAAUUUGAUCUUGUGAUGCAAAAGCAUUUAGCACUUGCAAUAAAAGGUGACACUUCAGACCAUUAUUGCGGGAAAAAUAUUCAAAAUGAGUUAAUAGAUUUAAUGUCUCAAAAGGUUAAUGAUGAAAUAAUAAACCGAGUCUUGAAAGCCGUUUACUAUCCAAUCAUUGCUGAUUGUACACCUGAUAUUUCUAGAAAAGAACAACUUUCUUUUACUAUUCGAAUUGUUGACUUGUCAUUAGACAUUAGAGUGGAAAUUAAAGAGUACUUUUUAGGAUUCUUUUCUGUUUCUAAUUCUACAGGCUUAGGACUUACUGAGGUUUUAAUCGAGUUGCUAACUAAGUAUGGACUUGAAAUCUCUAACUGCAGAGGUCAAGGGUAUGAUAAUGGAUAA